AGAAGUAUAGAUCUAUGUAUGUUCUGUGGGAGGGAGGGGGGCCGAAGAAUUCUUCAUUCGGCCUCAUAAGUUUCUCAGCCUGAAUAUAUAGUCAUCUCUUGGAUCAUCCUGGUGAGUCACAUCUGGAGUUUGAGAUAGUUGACGAUGACAGACUUAGCUGAGGAGAGCAAUAGUGCAAAUAGAGAUCACACUGUAAUUCAAGUAAGAGAGGAGGGAGAGAGAUGUAAGAUAGAAACGAGUGAUGUGGUUAACCAAAAAACAAAUAAAGACGAAUUAUUAGCGUCCCUCAUAAAAAAAAAGCUUCCGCAGGAAUUUCCAAAGCCAGAUCCUACUUGCAUAUUCAGAGUCCCUAAUAAACUUGGCAGGGACAAUGAAAAUGCUUUUGUCCCACAAGCGGUUCCAAUCGGGCCCUAUCACCACGGAGGAAAAAAGUUCGAAGCCAUGGAACAAAUUAAGCUAUGGAAUUUGCAAUGCCUCCUCAAACGCACAGACACCAGUUUGGUGAAGUUUGUCAAAGAAAUUAGAAGCAGAGAAGAGUUUCUUCGUAGCUGCUAUGACGAAAAGAUUGAUCAUCUGAGUAGCGAUCAGUUUGUAGAAAUGAUGGUGGCCGAUGGUUGCUUUAUUAUACAAGUUAUCCGCGCAUGCAUGGUGAAUAAAGAUCGUGAUCCUUAUGGUGUUUUGAGUCUGCCAGGGAUGUUGUCGAGAGUUCAAAACGACUUGUUUCUGCUUGAAAACCAGCUUCCGUGGAAAGUUCUCGACUGCUUAUUCAACCUCACAACAUCAGACAAGUCUUCUCUACAUGAACUCACUUUGGACCUAACUUGCGAAAUUAUGAAUAAUCCGAUUAUUACUUAUUACUUAGGAUACAAAUUUAUGGAUAAGCUUAGGACGACAUGGCAAUUUAGACAUUUACUCACCAAUGUAAGAGAUUUGCUUGUUGGAUCAUCAACGAGGAAUGAGGACAUUGAGGAGAUGCGUUACAAAUACUGGACUGCUAUUCCCUCAGUGACACAUCUUGAGGAAAUUGGAGUCCAAUUUCAAUGUGCACCCCUGCAUACAUGUCUGUUGAACAUAAAUUUCAACUUCGAAAAGGGAGUGAUGGAAAUUCCGUGGAUGAAAAUUCGAGCGAACACAGAAUCUCUCUUCAGAAACCUCAUAGCAUACGAACAGUGUUCACUGAUGCCCCAUUACAUUUUGUCCUAUGCCACGAUGUUCAAUCAGCUCAUCAAGUCUACCAAAGAUUUAGACCAUCUCAUUCAGAAAGGAAUUAUAUACACCGAGUUGAGCAAGGAGGACACUGUUUUUUUGUUCAGAAGGCUUUGCAAUGACACUGAAUGUAUCUCGUUCCUUUACUCUAAACUCGCAAACGAUGUGGAUAGAUAUUCGCACUGUCAUUGGCGAAGGAGUUGGCUUGCAGGGAUCAAAAGGGAUUAUCUAUACAAUCCAUCGUCAAUCUGGUCAGUUUCAAAUGCGGUCAUCAUUGUUCUCAUUCUUACCAUCAUACAAACCGUAUAUAGUGUUCUCGCCUACUACAAACAGUAAUUAAAACUGAACAAGACUUGCUUGACUGCAGGCAAAGUUAUGAAAUAAUCACUCUUUGAGUUUGCAUUUGUUUGGCUAUUUUCCAUAUAAAAUAAAGCGGUGAUGUAAUUGAUUAUGUGUAACAGUCAUACACUGAAACUAUCUUGCCAUUUAUUGUUUUCAACUUUUGGAUAAUUUGUAC